AUGCCUGUUCAAGAAAAUCCUAUUGUUACAUUAUCAGCUGUCGUUCCGCAAAUUUUUCAGGACUGUCAAAAAUCUACGAGCAACCAUCGGAAAAAUGCUAUAGCUCUUCGAAAAGUGCAAAUGAAAUGUUCAUCGUAUAGACCUACAAAUAAUGGAUCGUCUAAUCAACUAAAUAAUGAACAGGCCUUUAAUACCGAAUUUAUCAGAAAUUUGAUCAAAAUUUUACCCUUAAAGAAAGGACAAUCCAAUUCUGAGCGUGUAAUAAAAUUCGUAGCUUCUUUUGCUGCUUUUAGUUGUGAAAAAGGCAUUGAAGCCAAAGAUAAAAAUGUAAGAUUACGCGUUUGCCAUUUAAUAGCAUACCUUAUUGGCUGUUUGGGAUCAAUCGACGACGAUUUAUAUGAACGUUUAAAAGUUGAGUUAACUAAACGUUUACUCGAUAAAGAAGCUGGUGUACGCGUAAAAGCAGUCCUCGCGUGUUCUAAGCUACAAGGUGAUGACGAUCAUGGAAAAGACGUGAUUGAAAAAUUUAUUGGAAUGCUACGUAAUGACCCAAGCUCCGAAGUUCGACGUGCCGUUAUAUAUAAUAUUGAAUAUAAUGAGGAAACUCUAGCUCACAUAUUACAACGCGCACGGGAUGUUGAUCCAAUGAACCGUCGAGGCGUUUAUAUGAAAUUAACUGAAGAAAUUAAUGACUUUCGUGUUUUAUCUAUUGGGGAUCGUGAAAAAUUAUUAAGCUGGGGUCUUACAGAUAGGUUAAUAUUAUAUUCUGAUUCUCAUGUUAAAAAAGCAUGCGCGAGAAUGCUCUCGACAAGUUGGAUUCAACAUGCGAACAACAACUUGUUGGAGUUGCUUGAACGGUUAGAUGUUGUGGGAAGUAGUAUUGCCCAAGAGGUCCUUAUAUCAAUAUUCAAUGCGCGCCCAGAUAUAGUGCAAAUGUUAAAUUUCGAUGAUAUAUUUUGGGAAAAUCUUACAGCCGAAGGAAGUUUUCUCGUACGCGUCUUUUGCGAAUAUAAUAAGGAGGACGAAGGAAAGCUUGAUGAGAUACUGCCGGAAGUGACGCGACUUGCUUUUUAUAUUCAGAGAUACUAUAAUUUAAUGAAUCAAGCGUCAGACGAGGAGCAAGUAAACUUUGCGUUUAUAGUUGGGCAAUUAUUUUUGUUGGCCAAAUUAUUGGACUACGGUGAUGAAGUUGGACGAAGAAAAAUGUGUUCACUCCUACGUGAAAUGCUUAUGUCAUCGAGUAUUUUAGAAAGCCAUAUUGAAAGCAUUGUGGAGAUAGAAAAAAAAUUUUCCAUUAAUGAACGGGAUUUCACACGCUCCAUGAUUGAAAUAAUCACUGAUAUACGCGAAGGUAUAGAAGACGACGAAGCGAACAUGUCUCGUCUUAGUAUCAACAUAUCUUCCAUGAAAAUGUCUGUUUUAUCUACUGAUCUCAAAAAAACUGAAAGAAGGGGUUCCAUUUCUUCUACGAGUAUGAAUGAUAACGACAUCCUUCAAGAAGAUAAUGAAAUGAAAAUAAUAUUGGUGAAUUUGAAAUGCCUGCAUAUAAUACGUUGUAUGCUUGAAAAGAAUUCAGAGAGCCUACGGGAUAACCCGUCGAUGUAUGGUCUUAUGAACGAAAUUAUUAUACCUAAUAUACAAAGUCAUGAACCAGUGCUGCGAGAAUUAGGCAUACAUUGUCUAGGUUUAUGUUGUAUACUUGAUCAACCUCUGGCGAUAGAAAAUUAUAAUUUAUUCAUGCAUUGUCUACGACAUGGACAUCCAGAAUUGCAAGUUAAAUCCUUGAUGGUAAUGUCAGAUAUUCUCAUGACAUAUGGUUAUUCAACAAUAGUUUCAAGCACUCGACAGGGUAAUGAAGUUCUGGAAUCGUUAAAAGAAUGCUUAAAGAAUGAAAAUGAGGAAGUGCAAGCUAUUGCAGUUGUAGGAAUAUCUAAAUUAAUGCUUUCUAAGAUGUUGCGUGACAAAAAUGUCUUAAAAGAUCUUGUACUGUUAUACUUUGAUAGUAAGACUACGCCAAAUAUUCGUUUGAGGCAAUGUUUAAGUUACUUCUUUCCAGCAUUUUGCCAUUCUUCGUUUGAAAACCAAAUGCUAAUGCAAGAGAUAUUCCAUCCGACCCUCAUCGAAUUAUUGAAAGAAUACAGAUACCUUGACAAGAAUGACAAUGCGGUGCCACCUCUGCAGAUUGCGCAACAAUUAGUGGAUUGGACUAAUCCAUUUAAAGUCGUUAAAUUAGAGCGAAGCGAAGAGACAAUUGAUUAUGGCUCACAUGCAGAACUCGCAAUUUCUGUUAUAAGGGAACUGUUUUCCGAAACUGAUAAGGAUAUAAGGAAAUCACUCUGUCAGACUCUUAAUAAGCUCCAGAUUGAUGAAUCUGCUGGUGUCGUGAGGUUCAAGAAACUUACCUUUCUUGUUGGCAAUUUGAAAUCAAAGCGUCCCUUGGUAGAUUCAGUAGCCAGAAAUGCAUUAAAUAAAUUUGAGAGUGCUUUACUCAAUUAUUUCGAUGAUGCACCUGACGCCUUGGACGAUGAAGAGCUUGAGCAACUAAAGGAAAUUUUUGAAUUUGUUGAUAAUCUUGAAGAAAUUCCAGCGAGAACUUCACGGUCACGAAAAUCAAAAGAGAGUGCUAUUGCUUCUUUAAGAAGUUAUUCGUCAACACACGAAAUUUUAGAAGAGUAA